AUGAAGGCGGACCCUGCAAAACUGGCCGACAAGAUUCUGCGCACCCCCAAAUGCUCCAGGUGCCGCAACCAUGGCUUCCUGGUGCCUGUCAAGGGCCAUGCAGGCAAAUGCCACUGGAAGCAGUGCACCUGCGACAAGUGCUACCUGAUUACAGAGCGCCAGAAGAUCAUGGCCGCACAGAAGGUGCUCAAGAAGCAGGGCUUGGAGGAGGAGCAGGAGCUUGCCCAGGUCCAGGCCCCAGGCCCGGUUCCCCGGGGGCCUGAGCUGGCUGUUGCAACCGGAGUUGGGGCCGCGGCCGUGGCCACCAGCCAGGGCUCAAGCCUCUGCCCGCUGCUUCCACUGCCUGCUGCAGGAGGUCCUGAGCCGGGCCCUGAUGGCCGCGCGGCAGUCUACCUUUGUGAGAGGCCACCGCGAGGUCCUAGCCCUGGCCCCAGUGCCUUCCAGCCUGUCCUGAGUGGCCGCAGCCAAAUGGCGGCCCACUUCGGGUUGGAGGCCCCAGGCCUGCGUGACCUAGGCGGCCUAGGCGGCCUAGGCGGCCCUGGCCACCAGGAGUUGUGCAGACCGCUGCUGCCUCCACCAAGCCCGCCGUUCGCCAACUUCGGGCUGGCUCUGAACAUCAACAUGGAUCGCCCUGUUGGGCCUGAGUACCUGGAGCGAGAGCCUGGCAAGCUGUACCCAGGCUGCUCGGUGGGCAUGCACCCCUUCCGCCCAUUCCCACUAGGCUACCAAGAUGCAGCUCCACCUCCGGGCCUGCCAGUGCAGGCUGGCUUCCGGCAUGUGUCCUGCACCCAGUAUCCCAGUGGAGGCCUGGUGUCAGAACCAGUGGGAGACUUCCAGCCGACUUUCUACCCGCUGCCACUGCCACCUGUUCAGCCACCGCAGCCCCCGUACCUGCCACCAGGCUUCCUCUCGGCGCUCCACUUUCUGCCGCCGCCACCGCCACCACCACCAUCACCCUCCUUCUCACUGACCAUCCUGUCUGACACAGACAGAGAAAAUCCUGAAGAGCUGGAGGCCCAGACCAUGGAGAAGGCUGAGACCCCAGAGGAGGCCCAGACCCAGGAGGAGCCCCAUACCCUGGAGCAGCCCCAGAUCUGGGAGGAGUACCAUCAGGUGGAGUGCAAGGAGCACUCCAACUAA